AUGGCAACGGCAACAGCAGCAACGGCAACAACAGCAGCAACAAGCGGCAACAGAUCAGCAGCAGCAGCUAGCAACGGCAACAGCAGCGGCAGCAGCAGCAGCAACAACAGCGGCAGCAGCAACAGCAGCAGCAGCAGCAGCAGCAGCAACAGCAGCAGCGACAACAACAGCAGCAGCAGCAGCAGCAGCAACGUAACAGCAACAGCUGGCAGCAGACAGCAGCAGCAGCAGCAGCAGCAGCAACAGCAGCAGCAACAGCAACGCAGCAGCAGCAGCAACAGCAACAGCAGCAGCAGUCAACAGCAACAACGGCAGCAACGAGCUGACGCAGCAACAGCAGCAGCAACAGCAACUGCAGCAGCAACUGGCAGCAGCAGCAGCAGCAGCUGGCAGCAACAGCAGCAACUAGCAGCAGCAGCGAUAGCAGCAACAGCAACAGCAACAGCAGCAACAGCAGCGGCGAGCAGCAGCAGCCAGCAGCAGCAACGCGGCGCGACAACAGCAACAGCAACAGCAGCAGCGGCAACAGCAGCUGGCAACGACUGCAGCGGCUGCAGCAGCAACGGCGGCAGCGGCAACAGCAGCAACAGCAGCAGCAGCUGGCAACAGCAGCAGCGGCAGCAACGCAGCAACAGCAGCAGCAACAACAGCAGCAGCGCGCUAGCAGCAACAGCAGCUAGCAGCAACGAGCAGCAGCAGCAGCAGACAGCGGCAGCAGCUGCGACAGCAGCAGCAGCGGCGCAACAACAGCAACAGCGGCGGCGACGGCAGCAAGCAGCAGCGGCAACGGCGGCAGCAGCGGCAGACUGGCAGCAGCAGCAGCAGCAGCAGCAACAGCAACAGCAGCAACAGCAACGGCGACGUGGCGCAGCAGCAGCAACGGCAGCAACAGCUGGCGAACAGCAGCAGCAGCAGCGGCAGCAGCAACGGCAGCCAGCAGCGGCAGCGGCGCCGGCAACAACAGCAGCAGCAACAGCAGCGGCAGCGGCAACAGCGGCAACAAGCAGCGAGCAGCAGCAGCAGCAGCAGCAGUCAACAGCAGCGAGCCAGCAGCAGCAGCAACAGCGGCAGCGGCAAUGCGACGGCAGCAGCAACGGCAGCCGGCAGCAGCAGCAGCAGCGACGCGCGACGGCAGCAACAGCGGCAACUGGCCAGCAGCAGCAACAGCGGCAACAGCAGCAACAGCAGCAGCAGCAGCAGCGGUGCAGCAGCAGCAGCAGUAACAGCGGCAGCAACGGCGGACAACGCGACAGCAGCAGCAGCAGCAGCAGC